AUGGCAGGUGAUCUCCAUACCUUGGUAAAGACAUUGCCUACACUCUUUCAGAUAGCCAACCCAAUUCCAAAUCCCACUCCAAGCAAAGUAGCACAAUCUCUCACAAAGCCCAGCACUGGACUUUCUCAUCCUACAAAGGAUGAGAAUACAGAUUCAUCUGGCCAAGCUUUCUCCGGGAAAGUCAAGAAUGUGGCCAUUUUAAGACAUGUGUCAGCUGAGAACUUUGAACUCCAAAAUGAUUUCAAGGACCUGUUAGAUAAGGAGCUCAAACUACAAAGACAAGGAUGGAUAUUCUCAUCAUCUACUAUAACCACCAAUGUCUACCACGUCAAACAUGUUCAAGAAAUCAAGAACAGUCACCCUGAUUUGGUAAUCCUACUCUGUUUCACGGCCACAUCGAGAAUGGACUCAUCAUCCUUGGCGGAUAUCUACAAGCUACUAAAGAAAAGUCUAAAGUGUCCUAUAACCACGGUGGUCAUCAGAAACGGAAGGCUUUUCAAUGAGGCCAAAAUAGCAAAUGAUAACGACUUUGUUGAGAUCAAGUCGCAUUCUGUCUCCUAUGAAGGCUGUUUACAACCAACACCGAUGACCCUGAGCACUAUCAAGGAGUUGGUUGCACUGUUGACCAAAUAA